AUGAAUGACGACGCCAUUUCGAGGCUCGAAGCUCGGGUUGUCGCAGCCGAGCGUCUAGCACAGCGCGCGCAUGAUCGUGGUGCAGUGGAGAAUGUUUUCAGCAAGUAUAUGCAUCUGCACAAUGUCUUCCUAGAUGAGCAAAUCAAGGAACUAUGGGUCUCCCGAGGCACUCCAGGCAUUCAUGCUCAAUACACAAAUGUCGGAGUAUACACCGACUAUGAUAGCGUCAUGAAAUACCACACUGGACGUCCAUCUCCGAAAGGGAAGCUCAUCUUACACGAAACAACAACACCAAUUAUCGAAGUCGCUGAAGAUGGAAACACAGCUAAGGGCUUCUGGCUAAUGGCUGGUGUUGAAUCAGGUACAACAGACCCUAAGAAUGUUGGUGCCAUGCCGGAAGACCUUUAUGAGCCCCCAGAGAAGAAUGUCGACGGCAAGCGCGUCUGGGCGCAUUGGGUCUGGUGCCAUUACGCGCUUGAUUUUCUGAAACAGGAUAACGAAUGGAAGAUCUGGCAUUUUCGAUGUCUGGAGGCGGCAAGAGCUCCGUACAGCGAGAACUGGAUCACAUUUGCCUCGAAAAAUCAAGUCGCAUUUGACAAGGAUCUUGCGUACUUUGGUGAAGAUGGCAAGGCGGUAUUCAUGCCUGAACCAGAUCAGCCUGCAGUGAAGAGAGCUGAUAUUUUUGGACCCGACCGAAGCAGGAAGCUUGAUGUGCCGUUGCCUCGUGCGUAUAAGACCUUUAGCGAAGUUGAAGAAUAUUGA